AUGUCUGGAAGGUAUUCCAGGGAAUCAUCGUCGGACGAAUUUACAUCCUUCAUACAGCAAAAAUCGAACCCCCGCAGUAGGACCUACGUGUUUUGGAAGUGGAUGCGAAUUUCCAUCAGUGUGUUUAUCUUUAUCUUCCUUGUCGCUAUCUUGGGACUGCUUAUGCAGUUCAGAUUAGAAACCGAUUUUGGGGGAGACGUCAAUCAUUUCGUUCCAAGAUUCUCCGAAGAACGCAUCAAGUUUGAACCGCAGUUGGACAUCUUCACGUUGAACUACACAUCUAGUGAAGAAGCGCGAACUGUGAGACAGAGGUGGCAAGAUUUACUACCUAAAGGUGGUGGCAAUAUUCACGUCCCCGAACACAAUCGUUAUAAAGACUUGAGUGAGCCUUUCCUUGAUCCUAGUGAUACACCUUUGUGGAAGGUUUCUUGGACACAUCAGCUACACUGUCUCUAUUACAUCAUGGAUGCCUACGAUCAGGUGAUAAGAUAUGGCUCCAAAGGAACCGAAAACCAAGUUGAAGAAGGUCAUAGUUCAGUUCACACGAACCAUUGCUUCGACUAUCUUCGGCAAGCAAUCCUCUGUAACAGCGAUAUGACAUUGGAAGGUGGUACGAGACCUGGUGACCAUAAGGGAACAAACGGAUUUGGUCACCUACAUUCUUGCAGGAACAACAAGGAAGCAGUGCAGUGGAUUGAGGACUACAGGGUAUCGGACAAGCGCUUCAUUAUCGAUAUUAACGCACCUGUCUGA